UGCACACACGACUGCUCGUGUGCGCGUCCGCGUGUACGUACACGUGUCUGCACUGUUUGUAUAGAAAAGAAACGUUCUUUUUUCUCUAGGGCACGCAAUAUGCAACAUGUAUGGAUUAGUAACGGCUAGGUACAAGAAGUACCCAAUGGUGAAGACAGAGGGGGUGCAGUCACUUCCUAGAAUGGCAGUAUUCGGCUCUGAACAGAGUGAUACUUCCUUACAAAGAAUUGCUUCUCUUGUCGGACUAGGAUUGGAUAAUGUUGUUUUGAUAGAGACUGAUAACAGAGGGUGCAUGGAUCCUAUUGCACUCGAUAAGGCUAUUUCCAGAGCAACCAAAGAAGGAGUAGUACCCAUCCUCGUGUGUGCCACAAGUGGAACACCAACACUGGGAUCCUGUGAUGCAUUGGACAGAAUCGCCAACGUGUGUCAGAACCACCAAGUCUGGCUCCACGUAGAUGCGUACAACCUGGGAGGCGUACUGCUCUCUGAUGUCCACCGCCAUCUGAUGCAUGGAAUCAACAUGGCCGAUUCCGUGGCAUGGAGUCCCCACGGGCUGCUUGGGGUGCCUCUUGACUGCACAGUCUUUCUGAUCAAGGAGAAGGGUUUACUGGACAGCUGCAACAAACUAGAAGCAACCUAUCUGUUUCAACGAGACAAAUUCUAUGAUGUUGCCUACGACAUUGGUGACCAAUCAGUGCAGUGUGGAAGAAAAGUGGACAGUGGCAAGCUAUGGAUCAUGUGGAAAGCCAAAGGGGAUAUCGGAAUGGCAAAGCUAGUAGAAAGCGCAUUUACUCAGGCCAGAUACUUCAUGGAUGAAUUAACAAUAAGGGAUGGAUUUCGACCUGUUCUACCUGAGUUUCAGGGUAACAAGGUCGGUUUCUGGUACAUUCCACCGAGGCACAGGAACAUGAAUGAGACCGAAGACUGGUGGGCAGAGAUCGGCAAGGUGUCACUGGCCAUCAAGAAAAGGCUGACUUUAAAAGGAUCUGUGAUAUUGAACUGCGAGUCGGUAAAAAGAAAAGGCCUGUCGCAUUUCCUACAGCUAACCACGGAUUCUAGUUCACCAGUAAGCCAGCAAGGGGUCAAGGUUGUGCUGGAUGAGAUUGUAAAUGCCGGUAAUAACCUGUGAGGGGGCGUCUGUGACAACAUGCCAAAUGUGGACAAGUCAUGUUUGACGACCAGGAUAUCAAGGCUUUUACGCCAUGGUCACACUCAUGUAGGUUCCCAAGACAUUUCAGAGUUUUGGUGGUACGAUUCUAUAAUCUAAUAUUAUCACUAUUAAAUUGCGAUCAUUUUAUGCAAAACAUCUCACC